GAGAAGGGCAAGGGCCACAACCUCGGCCCACCAGCCGCGACCGUCUUCGUAUACCUUUUGAAGGCGCUGAUGGAGCUGGAGGUGGGGGCCCAGAAUCGGAAAGGCCUGGAGCAGCUGCUGCAGCGGAUCGAACAUUUCGAACCGUGGGACUUGGUGCAGAUGUGCCACGUAUGCCGCCUGGAGAAGUGCUACGACGAGGGCAAGAUCAAGAUCGUGCUGGCGACACCCGUGGCCGAGGUGCGCAAGCUGCUGCGCCAGUGCAUGGAGCAGAUCGGAGCGACGACGACCGUCGGCCAGGCUCCCGCGGGGUACCUAGAGGAGGAGCUCGGAGCGUACGUGGACAUGAUCGGCUCGUCAUGAGCCGCUCGAGGACUGCCGCCUGCGCCCGUGCUCCCGCCAGGAG